AUGGGUCUGGAGAUGUUCCACAAGACCCUGGAUACUGGCAUGGCAGGCGAUCAAUGCGGGAUCAUGCUUAAGUUAAGGCCACAAGCACAAGAUCCCUUGAAGAUGAGCAUAUUAGUAUUUAUAGGGUAAACAACUUUGCUUAAAUCCUUAAGGCUCUUCCUUAAGUGCCUUGCUUAAGAAAAUUGAUUUCCGUAAAGAAUUCCUAUUACAAAAAGCUGCGAUAACCUUCCCUAAGGCAAAAAAUGCUCCUUCAGAGGGGACGGAGGGCCCCUCAAGGAACAGCUCCUGCUAUAAAAUUAGGCUGAUAAUAGACCCUCCCUCAAUGGCCAGCGCCACCUCAUAAGGGCCUUAGCUUGCUAGCUUAGCCAUGGCCAGCCUGGUUGCUAGCAGCUGCUUAGCCCUAGCUAGCUGGCUUGCAGCUUGCCCCUUACCCGCAGCUAACUGGCUAGGCUAGCCGUAGCUAGCCUGCUAGCUGCUUCGCCAUAACUAGCCUGCUAGCUGCUUAGCCAUAGUUAGCAAGGUAGCUGCUUGGCCAUAGCUAUAUAGCUAGCUGCUUAGCCAGAGCUAGAUAGCAUGGUAGCUGCUUGGCCAUAGCUAUAUAGCUAGCUGCUUAGCCAUAGCUAGCUUGCUGGUUGCUUAGGCGGAGCUAGGUUGCUAGCUGCUGCGCCAUAGCUAGCGAGCUUACUAGGUAGCUGCUCGGCCUUGUGUAGCUAGGGCUAGCAAGCUAGCCCCUUGGCCAUGAUUUAGCUGCUUGGCCAUAGCUAGCCACUAGCUGCUUGGCCAUAGCUAGCUUGGUAGCUGCUUCCUUUGCGAGACCGAAUACAGCAGCUGCUUUCUUAGCCAUGGCCACUCCAGCUCGCUAGCUUAGCCACAGCCAGCUUGCUACCUUAGCCACAAGACAGCAACAGCCAGCCCGCUUGUUUAGCCAUGAGGAGCGUCCACGAUAGUCAUAGUCCAUUCUGAACCAGCCGCGCGUCGCUAGCUAGCUUGGUGACUCAGGGGCUUGCGUCGUACUAACUAGUCUUAUCUGUCUAGUUGCUAACCUACGGCGCCCAGUGCAGCGGGCCCUUGUUGGGCCCGCUUUCUGGGCGUGCACGUAUUUAAUAGAAAGAUCCAACGAGAAAAAUCAAGUAGAAAAAUGCUGAACAAUUAUGCUACAUUGAAAGUACUAAGUGCCUUGACAAGAAAAAUCAAGAACGAUUCUAUGCUACAACAUUGAAAGUACUAAGUACCUCUACCUUGAUCGUCCCUUGUAGUCUGCUUCCAGCAGUGGUAGCUAGGAGCGUUACUGUAGCGACACACGAGAUGACAUAGAUUCCACAAACAUUCAAACACGUAUCAUCUUCUUUUCUGAAGUAGAAGAUUCACAGCUGCUGCUCUAAGUCGAGGCGUAAAGCGAGGGGACAUUCACAGAGGACAGGUGUUGGCGAAACCUGGAAGAGCACAAGUCUACACUAGUUUCGACGCGGACCUGUACGUCCUGAAAACAGAGGAAGGAGGAAGAAAAAAGCCCUUCUUCACGAAAUAUCGCCCACAAGCGUUUAUCCGGACAGGUAUUCGAAUUGGACAUUGGUUUUAUGAAGAUGUUGUUCUUUUGUUUUUGACCUCACCGGGCACACACGCGUUUAUUCUUUCAUCAGGAGUCCUCCUGCUAGACCUUGCUUAGCUGGUAGUACAACUGGUCGAUAGGAUAAUAUUAUGGAUUGGUACUAACUGUAAGUGUAACCUCCUACUUGUAAGUACGCCCUCACUCGAUUUCGAUUGUAGAACGUAAUAAGAAAAACCGUCCAGAACUCAGUGCUAUCGUACCAAUACGAAGGAUUAUCCCGAUCAAUCCAGGUACUUGUACGGGUGACGUGAUUCUGCCUGAUAACGUGGAAAUGGCGAUGCCGGGUGACCGGGUCAAGGUCAAAAUCAAUCUCGAAAAGGCUUUCGCGCUUGAUUAAGGCUUUCGGUUCUUCGCGAAUACAUUUUUCAGAAAAGGCUCUCAUUUCUCUUUUUGAGCUAAUAAAUAGACUUACACAGGUAAUACAUAGUCAUCAAACAGCCAAUAGAUACGAGUUCAACUACAUCAAGUGAAUGGAGUAGGCAUCAACAUACCUAAAGGAAUAGCAGCUCAUGAUCUUAUCUUCUUCCUCUAACCUACAGAGGGACUUCGAUUUGCUCUCCGUGAAGGCGGGCUCACUGUUGCAAGCGGUAUCGUUACCAAAUGCGGCGAGUAGAACCCAGUGACGCAUGAGGUCCCUUCUGAGUAGAAGUUGUCAUCAAUGAAGUUCCCAUAUUCACUGUCACUAGGGAUGCAAUUGCAUGGUAGACGUAGCUCAACGAACAGCAACUAGGGAUGUGAGAAGAUUAUAUUCACACUGUGAAUUAUGUUGACGGGGGAAUGAUCAGCAUAAAUCCUGAUGACUGACUUUUGAAUGAUAGAAUAAUCACUAUGACUGACUUGUCAUCUACAGUCGAAUGGCUCUUGUACCUGAAUCGGAAAAGCUGACUUGUACCUAUCAGAUAGAAGAAAUGGCUCACCUCUGACUGGCUGCAGAAUGGAUAUGGAAUAGAAAUGAAUUCUUAUAACUUUUAUUCAUGUUUCUGCUCCUGGUCGUUUCAUAUACCAAAAAUGUGGUCUCCUUGACCCUGUCGCCUGGUGGAGCUAGAAGAACACAUGAUCCUAAGCAUGGUAAGCCAGGUCUCCUGAGAGUGAAACUUCGUGAAAGUGAAACUCAUCCUACACCUAAACAUACUCGCCUGAAACCCAAGCCCUUAAACGUAGUCACUGCGAAAAGAACGAAUGCUCUAGAGCUUACCUUUUCUUUAUCGUUCUUGCUCUCUGAGCAGGACUGCAAGAACGCAGUACAACUUUAUCGCGGUCUUAUGAAG